AGUAAAAUAAAAAAUGGCGGACGAAGUGCUUGAUUUAGAAGUAGCAAGAAUUAAAAUGAAAGAAUGGCGGGAGGAGCCGCUAAGAAACAGCGAAGAGGUCAUCGAACUUGGGGAAUCGCUUAUUGUUGAGCAUAGCAAUAAACUGGGUGAUGAGUUGUGGAGUGUAUAUGAGCAAGUUUUAAUUGCAGCCUUGGAUCUAGGAAAAACAGAUACCGCCAGUAUGUGCUUGAAAGCUCUUAACGCACAAUUUCCUGGAAGUUUAAGGGUGAAACGAUUGAUUGCAAUGAAGCACGAGGCAAUGAACCAGUUUGAUAAAGCAACUGAAAUAUACAAUGAUAUGAUAAAAAAUGAUCCUGCUAAUUCUAUUGCAUACAAACGAAAGAUAAGUCUACUGAUUGGACAAAAUAAGAUACCAGAAGCAGUGAAAUCACUCACAGAUUAUCUGAAAAAAUUUAUGAGUGAUCAUGAGGCCUGGGGAGAGCUUACAGAUUUAUACAUCAUGCAACAAGAAUUUCCAAAGGCAGCAUAUUGUAUGGAAGAGUUAGUCAUUUCAAAUCCUCAUAAUCAUCUCUACUAUCAAAAAUAUGCUGAGAUCCUAUAUUCCAUGGGUGGCAUUGAGAACUUAGAAAAAGCAAGGAGUAAUUUUGCUCAGGCCUUAAGAUUGGAUAAUAAUAAUAUGAGAGCAUUCGGUUUCUUUAUGGCUGCAUCAAAUUUGGCCAACAUACCUAAGAGUAAAACCAAGAAAGAAAAUGUUAUGUAUGCAAAUUGGGCUGCAAGUAAAAUUAUGGAAAAAUAUCAGGCAGCAAAUGAAGAGAACAAUUCUACAUUAUCAAAUGUUGAAAAUCUUCUUGAAAAUUUACAGCUGACGGCUUAAAUUUGGACUGUAAAAUGAAACAUUACGGCAAGCAAAAGAAAGUAUACUAUAUUAAAACUUCCUAACAUCUAUUUCUUGUACAUGGCAAUCCUUUAGUAAGUCAUCACUGACAAUUGAAAUAUACUUAUUAAGUCGUCAAAUUACGUUCAUUUUGGAAUUAAUUACUGGACGGUAAAAAUUUUGAGGAAAAGAACCUAGUAACGAUGAUUAUUGGAACUUGUAAAGUAAAGAAUAAUUAUGUUCUGUGAUGUGAGAGUUGUGUUCGUAUGUUUGUGAUUAACGAUAUAAUAAAUGAACAUAGAUCCACA